UUUUGGUUCCUGGCUUCCUUGGACUGCACGUGUCUUGAUUUUUUGUUCUGGCGACGACCAAGAACAAGACCAAGAACCAGCUUAAGCAGCAGAGAUCUGUAGCUAGACACAGCAGCGAGCAAGAGGAUGCAGCGGAUACAGCCUACCCUCAGAGCAUGCUCACAGGCCUCAUCGUUCCGGAGAAGGCUCCUUCACAGCGUCCCGCAACUCCGUUUAGCGACGUCAGCAGAUGGUCAAGAAGGAUUUGAGCCGCUAUACUCUGCAUCAGGCUACAAGCAAGCCUGGACAGAUUAUCAAGCGCACGUCGUUGAGAAUCUUAACAGACUUUCCGUCGAUACCGACUAUGAAAGCAUGCCACUCAUCAACGUCAUUGCACAAACAAGUCGAAAGCCAGAACUCGCUGCUCUUCACAAUUACGCUGCACAGGCGUUCAGCAAUCAUUUCUACUUUGAUGCUCUGAAUGUCGCACAGUUGAAGCAACGAGACAAUCAACCGAGUGAUCAGCAUACCAUCCCCAAAGCCAUGCGACUGAUGCUACAAGCAAGUGGUAUGACAGCCGAAGGACUCGGUGAGCAUUUCGCAGCAACAGCCAAUGCCAUGAUUGGAAGCGGCUGGAUCUGGCUUGUGUUGGAUGAACAGGACCGUUUGCGCGUCUUGGCAACCUACAAUGCAGGAACCCCAUUUGAUUUGAAAAACUUGCGCAAUGUCGACCCUAAUACGGGUCUUGCACCAAGCUCACAAGCGAGUGCCAACAAGACUGCAGAGGAGAGCAAAUACAGCUUGUACACAAAUGUCAAGCGUAGUCUGGAUCUCGUGCCUGUGGCGUGUUUGAGUGUUUGGGAGCAUUCUUACCUAGCAGACUAUGGUGUUGCUGGUAAACAGGCGUAUGUGGAACAAUGGAUCAAGACACUCGAUUGGAAGACUGUCACGGAUCGUAUGACGGAGGCUCAGCGUAGUGGAUCUGGAGCAACGGCGCACCUAGGCUAAGUUUUGCUUUUGGCAUUCGUCGCAUUCGAGCUUGCACUGAGAAUAGACAUCUAGCAUACAGUCACAGCCAAAUAGGCAAUAUUGACUGGGCUCUAAUACAAUGUUAGUGAUCUGCGUCCAGGCAUCACCAAAGUGGACUGCCAAACUUGCCGGCGCAGCAAAAGCAGAACCACGCGUGAGGCCACCGCAUGUCACACAUGCUACCUGCGCUGAGAGCAGCAUGUGGCCUUUAUUUAUUUGCUGAAUGAACAAAGCUGCAGCUGCAGGUGGACGGGAGGAAAGCUCUCAGUCUCAAUACUACUAUGCUUUCCAU